GGUAUAUGUCACGGGUGAAGCCGGUGUCCCUUCCUCCUUUCCAAGAUGUCGGUUUACGGGCCAGUGGUGAAAAUUCACCCCGUCGUCCUCGCUUCUAUCUGCGACUCGUACGAGCGGAGAAAUGAGGGAGCGAGCCGUGUGAUCGGGACCCUGCUGGGAACUGUUGACAAACACACGAUCGAAGUGACCAACUGCUUCUCUGUUCCCCACAAUGAGUCCGAGGAUGAGGUGGCCGUGGACAUGGAGUUCGCCAAGAACAUGUACGAGCUCCACAAGAGGGUGUCACCCACUGAGGUCAUCAUCGGCUGGUACGCCACAGGCUUUGACAUCACAGAACACUCAGUGCUCAUCCAUGAGUACUACAGCCGUGAGGCCACCAACCCCAUCCACAUGACCGUGGACACCGCGCUGCAGAGCGGCAAGAUGAACGUCCGCGCCUAUGUCAGUGCGCAGAUGGGUGUGCCAGGAAAGACCGUUGGUGUGAUGUUCACCCCACUUUCUGUGAAGUACGUCCAGUUUGACACCGAGAGGAUAGGCGUGGACCUUCUCCAGAGGACUCGUUUGGCUCCCAGUCGCACCAAGGGGCUGACCUCCGAUCUGUCCCAGGUCGCUGGGUCCGCUUCACGGGUGCAGGACAUGCUGACCACCAUGCUUGCGUACAUCGAUGAUGUGAUGUCUGGUAAGGUGGCGGCAGAUAACAGUGUGGGCCGUUUCCUGAUGGACCUGGUCAACAAGGUUCCCACCAUCCCAGCGGAGGACUUUGAGAACAUGCUCAACUCCAACAUCAACGACCUGUUGAUGGUGACCUACCUGUCGAAUCUGACCCAGGCACAGAUUGCCCUGAACGAGAAGCUGGUGCUGCUCUGAGGGGAUUGCUUAAUUUAAUUUUUGUACACUUUUUUUUUUUUUUGACUGAGAUGAAGAAUAAAGAUGUUAAACAGUCAUAACGUUCUAUUUCCCUCUGGGUUCCAGGUAUUGUUUUAAUCAUAAUGUUAUUACAACUAACACAGUUUAGUCUCCACAAAGGGCUAAUGAACUUUACAGGAAGGGAUAUAUUGCUAAUUUGAUCUGGCUCGUUGAAUGAAUGUUACUGAUUUCAGUUUGAGACAGCUCAUAUUGAACACUGUUAACUCUAUGUAUUGCUGACUGUGGUGUUCAGCCUCUACUUUUUCUCUAUUCAUGGAUUAUUUGGACUGUAAAACAUCACAAUAAGCAGAAAGUAUAAACAAAUUGACCGUUUCUUUUGUUUCGUCAGAUCAAGAGAUGAUUGUUUAAUUUAGCUGCAAUUUUUUGCUGUUAAGCUUGAACUGCUAAAUGUUUUAAGUUAAGGCAGAAAUGCUGGCAAAAUGGUUUUUAAACUAUCAAGUAAUAUAGGAAACUGGUGUAGAUAGUUGAUUCACUUUAAUCUUGAUUGACAUGUGACCUUUGACAGAAUUAAGAGCAGCAACAUUUUAUUGUAAGACUAUUUAUUCUUUACAUAAAUAUACAUUCAAAUCAGUG